AUGGAGGGAAGACACAAAAUUUUCGAAGAAAUCAUAGAUCUCUACAAUAAUCCAUCACCGGGAUUUAGCGUAACUCCAGUAAAUUCAUAUCGUCGUCAUUUUCAUGCAGUCAUGGCCGGACCCGUUGGAUCUCCAUACGAGGGAGGACUGUUCAAACUGGUUUUCUUUAUCCCGGAUAAUUAUCCGGCUUCCCCUCCAAGAGCACGUUUCCUAACAAAAAUUUUUCACCCCAAUAUCGACAGGGAGGGGUUUGUUGACAUGAACAUUCUGAGAUUUGGUUGGUCUUCCGUUAUAAAGUUGAGAACUUUGCUAUUAUGCAUUAAAGCUCUGUUAGCACAUCCAAAUAUCAACAACGCUAUUGAGAACGUCGACUUUUGGAAGUCGAUGACAGAAGAAGCAACCGAACAGGCUAAGAAUUGGACGACAAAUUAUGCUAUGGCAUAG